UUAUUUUAUUUUUAUUAUGAAAAAUCCUGUAGAAUUACCACCUACACCUUCCUCUUCUUAUAUGAUACAUCAUGAAUGGAAAGAACCAAGUCCUCGUUUACCUUCAAAUUAUGGUUCGAUAUCAACAGAAUCAAGAGCUGAAUCACCCUCAUUGAGUUUAUCUACUGUAAGCCCUAAUGAUGAUAACGAAAGUCUUUAUCUAUUAUGGACACAUCAAUUACUACAAGAAAGAGGAUUCCAACCCUCUCCAUACAAAUCACAUAAUAGUGAUGAUGAUAGUGAUAGCUACAGUAUAGACAGUAGUAUCACGGAUGUAUCCAUACCUGCUCCUCCAAAAAAGACACUUUCCUGGCUACAGUCAUGGUUUCCAAUGUGCUAAACCCAGUUACUAUUUUUGAUAAUACCCCACCUGACCGUAUAUUCUUUGAUUUGAUUGGUGGAAACACAUGUCACACUUCACUAGAAUGACGAAAUAAUUUGUUUUGUUUUCUGCAAAAAAAAACAAAAAAAUAAAUAAAUAAAUCAAUGUUUGCUUUUGCUUUCAAAAAGGAU